AUGUCGUGCUGUGCCGGUCAUGCGGCAGCUCAGUCGACCACUUCCUGGCUCCUCGACUUUUUCACCUCUUCGCCUUUGCUCGCUACAAUCGUCCUUGGCCCCGUCAUAGCUGCCAUCUUGGCUGCUUAUCCGCUGCUCAUCUGGCUCAGCCCCCGUCCGCUUGAACCCACUCCCGACGAGCUGCGUUUUUAUACUGCUGGAGACCUUCUAGGCCCGGCAGCCACGAUCAAGGAGGAGAAGAAGGGAUCGAACGGCGCAUCAAAUGCCACUCGCAAGCUGCCAAGGAUCGAAGAUGCACCGCAGUGCCAGCUCAGCGUCAUCAUCCCAGCGUACAACGAAAAGCACAGGUUGCCUUCCAUGCUGGAGGAGACGCUUGCCUUUCUCAAUCGGGACCAGGCUCUCUCGAGGCUGGACCACGCUCCUGGCAAGAACACGAGCCCCGCAUGCGAUGCGCUGCGAGAACCUCUUGCACGGGUAGAGAUUAUCGUCGUGGAUGAUGGCAGCUCGGAUGGCACAGGCGAUGUAGUGCUCGAGCAUGCGCGCAACCACCAAUCACGGUGGGGCAAGGUCGAGCUGCGGCUAAUCAGGCUGAGCAGGAACCGGGGCAAAGGCGGAGCCGUUCGGCACGGCAUGCUACACGCGAGGGGAGCUUUGCUGCUCUUUGUGGACGCCGAUGGAGCCACCAAAUUCGAAGCGCUGUCGGCACUCGCGACAGAGCUGGACAGGAUACGUACGCCUGCUGGUCAUGGUAUUGUGGCAGGGUCCAGAGCGCACCUGGUAGGCAGCGAUCAAGUCGUCAAGCGGUCCUUCGUUCGCAAUCUUCUCAUGCAUACCUUUCACUUGGUGCUAAGCCUGCUAAUGCGCCCGCCUGCUAUCGGAAAGGUGCUCCAGCGUCACUUGCCGUCGUUUCUCGUCUCGCAGAACACACUCAAACGAACGACGUUACCUUCCCAGCCCGAGAUUCGCGACACACAGUGCGGCUUCAAGCUAUUCAUGCGAGAAUCAGCGAGGGUGGUCUUCCAGGGCUCUCACAUCGAGAGGUGGAUCUUUGAUGUCGAGCUGCUACUUCGAGCCGAGUUGAGCAGUCAGACGGCCCAUGUGCGUCUUGCUAAUUGCGGCAGCAGUAUGCGACAAGUACGGAAGGAAGCUGGAUUUCCUCUGCCUCAUUCGGGAAAAGGGAAGGUCGACACAGCGGCAGAUGUGUUGCUCGAUCUGCCAUUGCCGAUUGCCGAGGUGCCCGUACAAUGGACAGAAGUUUCUGGAUCGAAAAUCGACCUGCUCAAAGAUUCCAUCGGUAUGGCUUUGGAUUUGGUCAUCAUUCGCGCUAAUUACGCUCUCGACCGUUGGCCCAGUCCGAAGCCUGCCAAGGUCUGA